CCGGAAUUGGACUGUUUCAAGGGUUUCUGUUCGGUUUUUGCCAGCCAUAUCCUCACCAUCUUCCCCAACUGCAGGAUAGUCUGUAGCCAGCCGGUCGUCAACAGCCUAGUCCUCUCCGCGGCACGUUGUUUGCUGCACUUGCAUGCUGGGAAAAAACUCCUCUUGCCGUUUUCAGACUCAAUACUCAGCCAGUACCAUCUGUAUUGAGGUUUCAUGGAUCCAGAAGCUUUGGCAGCCUCCACAGCUGCAGCCAAAACAACCAGGAAGGUGAGAUUUGCUCCGAAAGGUCCUCCCCGCAGAGCGCAGAAGCUUGUUUUGCCUAAACCGGAAAAGGUUGAAGAUGAUAUUGAUGGUGUGAAGGCAGAGGAAUUGUUGCGCCGUUUCAAUGAAUCUACUUCUUUUAGAACAACCAGAGCAGAUAAAAAAGGAUCAAUACAGUUUGUUUCUGGAGAUUCCUCAAAGUCCUUUGGAUCACAUCUCCUUCCCAAGGGUGCUAACAAAUCUUCUAACGAUGUUAUCCCGGGGCAGGAACCUGAGAAGGAAUACAAAGAACCUUGGGAUUAUUAUUCAUAUUAUCCUAUUACUCUUCCCUUGAGAAGGCCGUAUUCUGGAAAUCCAGAGGUUCUUGAUGAGAAGGAGUUUGGUUCACAGAACUCUAAUUACAAUGAAAGUUCAACAAAUUCGGCUGCUGAGCUUGGUCUAUUUGAGGAGGAUGGGGAGGACAAUAUGUUCUUCUUCCAAUUACCGUUACUUUUGCCUACGAUAAAGCAACAUGCCAAUGCAUCAGAAGGUAGUGAGACAGCCAACAACCCAAAGGCAUCAAAAGCCAGGCUAUGUAAGCUUGAUGAUUUGAAUGGAGGGUUUCUUGGCAAAAUGUUAGUUUACAAGAGUGGAGCUAUCAAGAUGAAGCUCGGAGAAACUCUUUAUGAUGUUUCUCCGGGUACGGAUUGUAUCUUUUCUCAAAACGCCGUGGCGAUGAACUUAGAAGAGAAGUACUGCUGCAACAUCGGUGAGCUUAACAAACGCGCUAUUGUAACUCCAGACAUAGACUUCAUUCUAGGAAGUAUGCCUGAUUUAUGAUUGGCUCCGUUUUAUCACGAUUUUAAGCUUAUUUGUUUUCCAUAAAGUAGCAACUAGGAAAUCAAUUUUGGCAAUUACAUAUUUGAUUUAUAAAAAAGAGAAGUAUUGAUUUAAUUGGGGUAUUUUAUUGCUCCUACAGUAUUGAAAUAAAUUUAAUGAUUUUUUUGGGUCAUUCGUGUUAU